CUCAUAAUGACUAGUCCUGUCCCCAGUAGUAACUCAUCAUUAUUGGUAAAUAAAUCGGUUUGAGAAUGACUUCUACAGCUGUCUGAUGGAAAUGAUCGGUUUACUUCAUGUUUUGUCUCCGUUCUCAAUCUCCCUCUCUCUCCAUCCCUCCCUCUCUCAGUCUGUCGGGGAAUCCUCCGUUCUACGACGAGACAGAAGAAGAAAACACAGACCUUCACAACCGGAUCAUCUUCUGUCGUAUCGUCGCCGGGGAGUUUGAGUUUGACGCUCCUUACUGGGACGACAUCUCUGUUCCAGCUAAGGAGUUAGUGUGUAGGCUGAUGGAGGUGGACCAGAUGCUGAGAAUCACAGCUGCAGAUGCUCUCUUACACAAGUGGAUUGCUGGUAACGGGGCCUCGGAGAAGAACCUGAAGGAUGGAGUGUGUGCCCAGUUUGAGAAGAACUUUGCUAAGGCCAAGUGGAGGAAAGCGAUCAGAGUCACCACCUUCAUGCAGCGUCUUCGUGCGUCUGAGACAGCUGCAGCUGAAGUGGAGGCAGGAGGGCAGGGGGAAGGAAGGGGUGAGGACCAGGGGGGAGGAGGGCAGAGUGAGCGGGGAGUGGGGGAGAGUGAGGGAGGAGGGGUGACACCAGAGGUGACAGUUGGAACUAAUCCAGAGCGUGAGGAGAGGAACGGGGGAGUAGGGGUGAGGAGGUGGGGAGAGGAGAGGGGAGGAGGGAGGAGAAGCCCUUUGAGUCCCUCUGUAGGGAUCUCUCCUUCCACCGAUAAUGAACCGCUCUCCCAGCCUCCUAACCAAUCAAAUGCCAGCUCCAAACCUCUGGGGGACGAGUCAAAGAAGCCAGCCGUGAAGAAGACGUCAGGCAAAAUGGCCGCCGCAUUGGGUCAAACCAAAACAACAACAGAGACCAAAACACCUCCUAACCCCAUCGUAACCCCUGACCUCACCAAGCCCCAGGACCCCGUCACUGUCUCUGACCACGACACAGCAGCAUCCUCGUUGCCUAGCAACGCCAAGAAGAAGCAACCAACCUAUGUCACUCCUGACACUCCAACGACUCAACGACACAAGAUGGACGCCCAACUCCACAACAUGGGCCCAGGCCCUGCUGCUACUACUACUACUACUACUACUACUACUGCUGCAGCCAUAACCCCACCUGCUCCUGCUGACAGGAGGCCGGCAGUGCAGGCUCCGGUAGAGGAGAAGAAGCAGGAUGACAGUAGCUGGUGUCAGACACAGCUCCCUGAGGCCGUAGCUGAGAGGCCUGCUGGAGGUGGGGGAGUAGGGGGAGGAACUGGGUUUGGCGUGGUGUCCAUGGGGGUAGGAACUGGGAUUGAGAUGGGAGGGGGAGGGGCAGGUACAUUUGGAGCAGUGUCAGGGGUACUUGGAACAGGGCUAGGAUCAACAGUAAGAAGUGGGAUAGGGCCAAGAGGUGACACGAGCCCCAUCGGUAGAGACCAGAGGGCAGACAGUCACAGUGAAGAGUUCAGCAUGUCCAGGGAGGAACCCAAACCGUCCGAGGGGGGUUACAGUUAUACCAUAGGGUCCCUGGGAAGCUCCCCUAGUCUAGGCCGACACACCAGCGCAUACGGCCAGCAGGUGGAGCUGGGAGGCUACGGGGGUUCCUACCACUCCUCUCUGUACGGCAGCGGGGGGGGAGGAGGGAUGUAUGGGGGCCUGGAGCACGGAGGGGUCAGGGUCAGAGGUCAUGGUAGUAGUACUGCUGAUUGGCAGAUGGACAGAGUGAUCGAACAGAUCGAGAAGCAAAUGGCGGCGGUGCUGGAGAAGAUCGAGGGGGACAUGCCCUCUCUCCUGGAACAGAUCAGUGACUGCCCCCCACCUCCCGAACCCCCCCGCAGCACACACACCUCCCCCUCCUCACGCUCCCGCUCCUCCCAACACCGACCAUCUCACUCCUCCACCUCCUCUCUCACCUCCACUGCUACACCCCCACCCCUCCCCACAACCCCCAGACCACCUCUUCCCUCCCUCUCCCACCUCACCAUCCCCCCUCCAUCCUACCCGCCUCCUUCCCUGCCCACCCGCUCCCCUGGUCAGCCAAUCGGUGAGCACAAGGAAAGAGACGGACAGAGGGGAGCAGUCCAUUCUAGCCAAUCCCCAUCCCUGAGGCCAGGGAAGGGCCUAUGAGGGACUAAAGUGGGCACCUGAUUGCGUUUCACUUCAUUGCAUUGGCUUGGAAGGAGAAGAACUGCCCGAGUCAUUUGGAGGUAAGAUAUU